GACAUGAGGGCAUGGCUCUAGAGUCUGAAAAUAUCAAGGCUGUUACAUAGAGAGCUCACACAUUUGUGCUUGCACGUACUGUACAGGGAGGACUGAGAGUUGUGGGCCUGACAGCUGGAGCUCAUUUACCUGGAUUUCAAAGUAUAUCGUGUUUCUGAAGGCUGGAACUGAGCAACAAACAGAUCCUUAGGUUAGAAUGUCAAGAACUGUUUCUUGUUGGAUUUUAAAGUCUGCAAAACAGAGCUUAACUGUGAUCCACGGAGAGAAACGCUGCUACUCCAAAUGUCUUCUGAGUCGACACCACAUUAAAUGGAGGAGGCCAAUUAAAUCUAAGGCAGUCAGUCAGAAGUGGCUUUGUUAUCCUGUACAUGAAAUAUCCGUUUCAAGCGAGAGAUCUUUUAGACAGACUUCUUCAGAAAAUGAUGUGCAAUUCUUGUUAAACCCAACCCAAAUUAACUACAUACUCAGGGCAAAUGAACUGUCCUACAAGCCAAUAGAGUUUGAUGGAAAGAAUCCAAGCACUGUCUUGAAGUUUGAGAGCAACCAGUUGGCUUCUAAUACACCAUGUGAGGACCGCAGGAGUGCAGCAACAUGCCUGCAGACCAAUGGGCAUUUGUUUGGAGUUUUUGAUGGUCAUGCUGGAUCUGCAUGCGCUCAGUCAGUCAGCGAGCGGUUGUUUUACUACAUUGCUGUCUCUCUAAUGUCUCAGAAAACUCUUGAGGAUAUUGAGUUUGCCAGUGAACACUUGAAACCAAUGCUUCCAAUUCUCCAAUGGCACAAGCACAAGAAUGAUCACCUGUAUAGAGAGGUUGCUUCCCUCUAUGUGGACCAUCUCCGUGUUUAUUGGCAAGAGCUGAUUAAUCUAGAUAAUGAAUCUGGAAUGAGUUUGGAAGAUGCUAUGGUGUAUGCUUUCCAAAGGCUGGAUUCUGACAUCUCCCUUGAAGCCCAGGUGCCCACUAAUAAUGAGUUUCUCAGAAACCUCACUCUGCAAGUAGCCUUUUCAGGAGCAACAGCAUGUGUGUCUCACAUUGAUGGCAUUCAUUUGCACAUUGCUAAUUCUGGUGACUGCCGUGCCAUUUUGGGUGUUCAAGAUGACAAUGGAGCUUGGUCAGCUGUUCCGCUUACAGCAGAUCACAAUGCCUUUAAUAAAGCUGAGCUCCAAAGAUUAAAUGCUGAACACCCACCAUCAGAAAAAGAUACCUUAGUGACUGAUAACCGACUGCUGGGUAUUUUAAUGCCCUUUAGGGCAUUUGGAGAUGUAAUUUUCAAGUGGAGUCGGGAACUGCAGAAAAGUGUCCUACUAAAUGCUUGUGAUUUAGAACCUUUAAAUAUUUAUCAGUAUUCGCCUUCAAACUACCAUACUCCUCCUUAUUUAAGUGCUGAACCAGAGGUAACCUACCAUAAGUUAAGGCCACAGGAUAAGUUCCUUAUAAUGGCUUCUGAUGGCCUUUGGGACAUGCUGGAGAAUGAGCAAGUGGUCAAGCUUGUGGCCAAUCACCUAUUAGAAAAUUUCCUGCAGGAGCCUGAAUUGUCUGCUCAGAAGCGCAGCUUAGGAAACAUGCACAACCUGUUGCUUAACAGACAAUCGAAGAAAGUUCCUGUCCCAGACCAAAACAUUGCAACACAUCUCAUCCGGCAUGCCAUAGGCAGCAACGAAGAUGGGGAUAUUGAGCAAGAGAAACUUGCCACCAUGCUGAGCUUGCCAGAGGACUUGGCACGGAUGUACCGAGAUGAUAUUACAGUAACUGUGAUUUUCUUCAACUCCAGUGCAAUUGAAACAUACUACAAGGAAAACAACAAUUCUUAACCAUAUUUUUCAGUGAUCUGUUUACUCUAAGGAGUAGAGAAAUCUGUCUUUUUUAUUAACAUUCAGCUUUGAGAGUAGAUAAAAACCUCUGAUCACACUAAUGCUUCCCUUAUUAUUAGACUUUGCUUGUCAUCGAACAUGUACUGUUUUUUUUAAAAGUAAUAUUUUAUUAUUGUUACUGUAAUCUCUUCUGUAAAGACAGCAUUAUUUUUAUAAUAAAAUAAUAUGGUAUAGCCUUGGGUUUAGAAUAUGCAACACACCCAGGCUUCAGAGCACAAGUCACAA